GAAGAAAACAGGUGGAUGGAUAAAUAAAUAUGGCCUUGCUCCUGGUCUCCUUGCUGGCACUCCUGGGCUCAGGAAGUGGAUGUCAUCACUGGCUCUGUCAUUGCUCUAACAUGGUCUUCCUCUGCCAAGACAGCAAGGUGACAGAGAUUCCAUCCGACCUCCCCCGGAACGCCAUUGAACUGAGGUUUGUGCUCACCAAGCUUCGAGUCAUCCCAAAAGGAUCGUUUUCUGGAUUUGAGGACCUAGAGAAAAUAGAGAUCUCUCAAAAUGAUGUCUUGGAAGUAAUAGAGGCAGAUGUGUUCUCCAACCUACCCAAGUUGCAUGAAAUUAGAAUUGAAAAGGCCAACACGUUGCUGUACAUCAAUCCCGAGGCCUUCCAGAACCUCCCCAGUCUACGAUAUCUGUUAAUAUCCAACACAGGCAUUAAGCACCUGCCAGUGCUUCAGAAGAUUCAAUCUCUUCAAAAGGUUCUAUUAGACAUUCAAGAUAACAUAAACAUCCACACCAUUGCCAGGAAUUCCUUCAGGGGACUGAGUUUUGAAAGCGUGAUUCUAUGGCUGAAUAAGAAUGGGAUUCAAGAAAUACACAACUGUGCAUUUAACGGGACCCAGUUAGAUGAGCUGAAUCUAAGCGAUAACAAUAAUUUGGAAGAACUGCCUAACGAUGUUUUCCAGGGAGCCUCUGGGCCAGUCGUUUUAGACAUCUCAAGGACAAAGGUCCAUUCCCUGCCCAGCCAUGGCUUAGAAAAUCUGAAGAAGCUGAGGGCCAGAUCCACUUACAGUCUGAAGAAGCUUCCUAGUCUGGAAAAGUUUGUCACCCUUGUGGAGGCCAGCCUUACCUACCCCAGCCACUGCUGUGCCUUCGCACACUGGAGACGGCAAAUCUCUGAACUUCAUCCGAUUUGUAACAAAUCUAUUUUAAGGCAAGAUACUGAUUAUGUGACUCAGGCUAGGGAACAGGGCAUCUCUCUGAUAGACGAUGACCCCAGUUAUGGAAAAGAAUCCGACAUGAUGUAUAGUGAAUUUGACUACGACUUAUGUAAUGAAGUCGUUGAUGUGACCUGCUCUCCAAAGCCAGAUGCAUUCAAUCCAUGUGAAGAUAUCAUGGGGUACAACAUCCUCAGAGUCUUGAUAUGGUUUAUUAGCAUCCUGGCCAUCACUGGGAACAUCACAGUGCUGGUGAUCCUAACCACCAGCCAAUACAAACUCACCGUGCCCAGGUUCCUGAUGUGUAACCUCGCCUUCGCUGAUCUCUGCAUUGGAAUCUACUUGCUAUUCAUAGCAUCCGUUGAUAUCCAUACCAAGAGCCAGUACCACAAUUAUGCCAUCGACUGGCAAACAGGAGCGGGCUGUGAUGCCGCUGGCUUUUUCACCGUCUUUGCCAGUGAACUAUCGGUCUACACACUGACAGCCAUCACCCUGGAAAGGUGGCACACCAUCACUCAUGCCAUGCAACUGGAACGCAAGGUGCAGCUCCGCCACGCUGCCAGCGUCAUGGUGAUGGGCUGGAUCUUUGCCUUCACAGCUGCUCUCCUCCCCCUCUUCGGAAUCAGUAGCUACAUGAAAGUGAGCAUCUGCCUACCCAUGGAUAUUGACAGCCCUUUGUCGCAGCUGUAUGUGAUGGCCCUGCUUGUCCUCAAUGUUCUGGCGUUUAUAGUCAUCUGUGGCUGUUAUACCCACAUCUACCUCACGGUCAGGAACCCUAACAUUGUGUCCUCAUCAAGUGACACCAAGAUUGCCAAACGCAUGGCUACCCUCAUCUUCACUGACUUUCUCUGCAUGGCUCCCAUUUCUUUCUUUGCCAUUUCUGCCUCCCUCAAGGUGCCCCUCAUCACUGUGUCCAAGGCCAAGAUCCUCCUCGUUCUGUUCUAUCCCAUCAAUUCCUGUGCCAAUCCUUUCCUUUAUGCCAUCUUCACCAAGAACUUCCGCAGGGAUUUCUUCAUCCUGAUGAGCAAGUUUGGCUGUUAUGAAAUGCAAGCCCAGAUUUAUAAGACAGAAACCUCUUCCACUGCCCACAACUUCCAUGCAAGGAAGGGCCAUUGCCCCUCAGCUCCCAGAGUCACCAAUAACUCCAGUUACAUGCUUGUUCCUCUAAGUCAUUCGGCCCGGCAAUAAAAUGCAAUGUGAAAAAUGGAUCAUCACCUUGAAUGGCAAUGACUUCCUUCUGAAGAGUGGGCCAGGGAAGAGCUGGCAGUGUUUCUAUACUUGCAUCUAAUUUCAUCUUCCUGGCUCUGUGCAUGGCAAAUUGAUCAGGAACUUAACUCACGUGACUCUUUUAAGAACUGCAUUAUUGGUAACAGCAAUUAAGGUAAAGUCAUACUGCAGCACGCUUGUUUCCUGCUUCUGUUUGGAUUGUCUCAAUUGAUUUUGUAAAAAUCAUGUUCAGGAGGCUAAGUGGGGACUUGUACUGGAAUUUUACAGUGAGGAAGACAAGACUCUCAACAACUUGUCUGAAACUGCUUGAUGUAUUAGAGACAAAGCCACGGUGAGGCAAUCCGACUCUUCUGGAAUCUCCAAGAGAAACGCCGCAGCGUCGUGCAAAUAUUUAUUGAAUGCCAUGACAGCUUUGUAAUGGGUCAGUGUGUAUGGGCUCAACUACAUCAUCCAGAAACCCUUCCUUGGGAGUUUUGAGUUAGGGUGGGCCACCCAGAGAAUUCUUAGGAAGACAUAAUGUCAAAAAAAAAAAAAAAGCAGCAGCUGUACUGUGGUCAACACUACAUUGCUGAAACUAAUUCCACCAAGCUGUCAAGGCCUCAUGGUGGGGGAUCACUUGACUUUUCCUGGAUCCUCCCUUGAACUCUUUGAGUGAGUUCUGGGCCACCUGUGUGUUUUCAGUAGCAUAAUGAAGGAUGAACUUCUGAAGGAUAUUUUAUCAUCAAGGUCACAAGCAGCAAGGACAGAAACUGGGUUCAGUUUGUUUCCCUGGGACUAUAUUCUGUGUCUGUUGAGUGUAUGCUCACGAUCUUUCCUUUAUGAGGACGUACGCCCUGAGGACACUGAGCUCUAGCAUCAGAUGUAAGGACAGCAUCCUUCCGCACCCAGCUUAGGCAGCGUCCCAAAUGUGGAAGAGACAAUUC